GUCAACAAUACAGAGUACACAAGAUCGAAUAGCCCAAAGUUUAGGGUGGGAGACUUCAGUCUUUCUCUCUCCUCAGUUCUUCCCCAACAAUAGCUUCUUCAAUUACAUGUCAAUUACAAUCAACAAAGCUUCAGAUCAUCCCAUUUCUUAUCAGCUGAAUUCGUUGAUUAGUACUUUUCUGGGCAUCUCCAACAACCCCAAGAAGCCCCAACACCAUGAUUUACUGCAGCAAUUAGCGGGAUCCAUUAAUGGUGGUAGCAGAGCCAAUUUUUUGGGGUUCUGGUUUAAUGCUCUCAAAGUACUUCCAUUUAUGCUCGUGAUUUCUCGGUAGCUGACAGUUUUUUCUGGAAAUGGAUCGUUCUUGGAUGUAUGGUAAACGCAACACGCGUGAAUUUUUGGACGGGGUUAAGGAGUUUUGUAGACGUGCUAAAGAGCACCAAAAGAGUAGUGGAGAGGAUGAAAUUUAUUGCCCUUGUCGUGACUGCUUUACUGUAAAGAAAUUUAGUGAUAUAAAAAUCAUAGAAGAACAUUUGAUUCGUCGUGGGUUUAGGCAAGCGUACCAUGUGUGGCUUUGGCAUGGUGAAAAACUAGUUUCUGGGGAAACUUCUAGUGUACAUGAUAUUCAGCAGGAGGAGAGUGAUGAAUCUGAUGAGAGUGAACGCGAGAGCUGUGAGAGUGAUGUAGGGGAUGAAGACAAUGAUGACGAGGAAGAUUACAUGGAUGAGAUGAUGGAUGGGGUAGGGGAUCGUUUAAAUGAACGAGGCAACAGACGAAGUAGGGGUCCGACGAAAGAGGUUCAAGUCAAAGAGCCUAUGUUUCUUGAGUAUGAUGAUCUUGGUCAGCCAGCGGGUGAUUGGGAGCACGUUUAUGCGAGACAUCUUGGUAGCUGUGCUAAAAAAAUUAACAUUAAUGUCAAGCAGUAUCGAUUAGUACCUGAAGCCGACAAGCAAACAUUAUGGAAUAAGACAAAGGCUUUGUUCCACAUUGAAGAUGGUCCAACAAAGGAAAAGGAAAAGUUGUUUCAUUCUGGAGUGGCCAGCCGAUUCAGAGGUUUUAAGACAAGGUUAGUGAGUCGUUGGAUCACUAAGACAACGAAGCCUCCAGAAAAGAGUGCACACUUAAUGCCCUGGGAAAUUUACAAGGGAAUCAUCACAAAAGUGGACUGGGAAAAGUUUGAAGGAGAUCGUACCACUGAUGAGGCAAAGGCUAUUAGUGAGAAGGCAAGGAAGAACGCAAAACAGAACAAGCACUAUCAUCACUUAGGGUCGAAGAGUUACAGGAGGAGCAAAGAACAGUGGAUCAAGGAUGGAAGAUACCCUACUGAUACUGAUGGAUCAUCAUCUUGUAGAGUAGCUAAACGAGGCUUGGAAUGGCUAUUGGCAAGACAAGUGCCUGGUGAAGGAGGAACUUGGGUUAUCACAAACGAUGAAACACGGAAAGUUGCCAAAAAAUAUGAGGAGUAUAUGCAACAACAGGCCAAAGGGACUUUUAUUCCACAGCGGAAUGUGGAUGCCCUGUGCAUGGCUCUUGGGAAAAAAGAUCAUUCUGGCCGUGUUUAUGGAUUAGGGGGACUUAAUGUUGGCCAUCGCAAGGCCUUUGGCAAGCCAGACCCAAGGGUCUCUGAAUUGAACCAAAGGCAAUCAUUGGAGGAAAUGAAGGAGAAAAUCAAAGCUUCCUUGAUGGAGGAAUUUGAACAAAAGCUGAAAGAUCAAGUGGAAAUCCAGGUGAAGCAAGCACUGGCCUCCAUGAUGCCACAAAAAUUGCCCCAAGCCACCAGUUCCAAUCUAUCACCACCUAUGUUGACGGCUUCGAAAACAUGUCGUCUUGCUGUGUGGGAUGCCUACUCUGGGAACAAAAUUGUUGUAGCAGGUGGUACGGCAUAUCCCUAUGGUGAUGGGCCAAUGUGCAAUCAAUCGAUCAUGCCUGCCCACAUGAAGGUAUGUAUCAAUGAUCCUUACAGUGAUUUUGUCGAUGUUGACCUCCCGGUACCUGUGGAAGGUGUCACUAAGAUUGGUGAAGCUCGAGACAAUUUUGUGCAAUGGCCCGCAGCCUUAGUGUUGUUUGAAGAUGAGGAGGCCAUCCCAGAAGAAAGGUAUGAAGGAAACAGCAAUGAAAAGGUUGACAGCAGUGAUCUUCAAUCAGGAGAGUCAGCAACCAAUGUCAAAGGGUCAUCACAACAAGUUGGGGAAGACAUGGUUGCUUCCAAUGGUGAGAAAAGUAAGCUGUUGCAAGUGCAACUUGUCAUGGCGAGUCAACCGGAGCGGUAUGAUGUCACAACGGUUCUGUUGGAUGCAAAAGUGUUCCACUUAGAAAAGGACACUGAAACUCUUAUCACAGCGGAGGACAUCAACCUGUUACUCAGAGGGGCAAGGCUGAGCAUUUCCGUUGUUCAGGUCUUCAUGAUGUUUCUAAUUGAUAGAUACAUCUCUUCUUUUGAUUCGUCACAUAUUGGGUUUCUUUGUCCCCAAACAAUCGCUGCAUCUAAUGUCCGUCACCAGACUCACCACCAUCAAGUCACUGCAGACUACAUAAGGGAUGUUUUCUUAUCCAGUAGGGAUAGGGGUGAUGCUGGAUACCAACUCAUACUGGCUCCAUAUUAUGAAGAGGAGCACUGGAUACUCAUUGUGAUUAACCUUACAUGCGGCAAAGUCUUCAAGUUCGAUUCCUCCAAGGCUAAAAAGGGGAAAUCUUUGACCAUAAAAGACUGUUUAGAUAUGGCUUACAAUGUCUAUAAGGGUAAGGGUAAGGGUAGAAAGGGGCGCAACUCUAAACUGAAAUGGUUUUCUAUAAAGUGUGCUCAACAAACUGGUGAUACUGAGAGUGGCUUUUAUGUCAUGAAAUUUAUGCAUGAGAUAGUCACAUUAUAUGGUGAUUGUCAAAAUAUGGAUAAGGAGUAUCAAAGACGAGAUGAGCCCUACACUGAUGAGGAAAUCAAUGAGGUUCGAGAGCAAUGGGCGAUCUUUUUUGGAGACAAGUAUUUGUGAAAAACCUACUUAAUUGACAACCUUGACGACUUUUUGUAAAUAUAAUCUCAAGGGUGAUAUCGUGUUGAUUUGUUGCUGGCGGUAUUUUGAGAAUAGGUCUUGGUGGAGUUUAAUUUCGUGUGAUUAAAGGUUUUUCUAGAUUUUAAAUAUUUGGUGGAUCAAGUACAGGAACUUUGCUGAACUUCCCCUUAAAUGUAGAGUUAGUGGUGGUGCUCGAGACUUUUGGGGUUAUGGUGGUUUUUCAGGGCUAGCUCCCGGUGGUGGAGGAGGAGGGAGGUCUUGGUGGCAUUUCAAUUUUUUAGAAAAUCAGGUAGGAUCGAUUUUCUGUAGCAUAACCCUAUGGCCUGCAACAAGUAAGCUCAUCAACUAGCAAAAAACCAGACCUUUUGCUAUAGCAUUUAGGCAUUACAUCCUCUUCGGCCAAAAAAUCAUGGACUUGUUGCUGCCACUUGUGCAGCUGGACGAGCCUGCAAUUUUCAUAUUAAUGCUCGGUGCAAUUGAUGUUAUUUCUACUGGUGGUACACUGUACACAGCUACCUCUGACCUCAAUUGUGCUCUGCUGUAGUUGUUGAGAAACAAUACUCAUAUCAUCAUAUGUAUGGAAUUAUGGGUAUUUAAAACAUAUUUUUUAUCAACAAUUUGUUUGGUUCUAUCAUAUAUUCAUAUGUAUUGCUGUGUACAAUCAUAUGUGAGUUGUUUGCUUUGAUCUCUUAGGCACAGGCUAAAGUACAAUGUAAUAUGCUUCAUCUUGUUAAACCAGCUACAAGGCUUCAGAUAUUUCAAGUAAAAGCUGUUAUAUGCAGAAAUGCCCACAACUGCAUAUGCGCAA